CGGCAGAAGACUGUUUUGAGGGUGUGAACAGCGCUUGGAUAUCACAUUGAAUGACCAUGACCGCAGUUCUCACCAUGAUCGGCGCCACGCUUCUCAGUGUUGUGAGCGCGCGACCUGCGCUGAUGCCUGAUCAAUACGCGCGAGGAGUGGACUGGUUGAUUCGCUAUGGGUAUUUACCGUCUCCAGACACUCUAAUUGGUCGACUUCACACCAGGGAGGGUAUUGAAAAAGCUGUCCGUAAAAUGCAGUGUUUUGCUGGUAUUGAAGAGACUGGCAAACUAGAUCAUGCCACUUUAGAAGUGAUGGCCAGACCUCGCUGCUCUCUCCCGGACACCAUCAUCUCUGAAGAUCUGCUGAAAGGAAAUAGAAGAGGAAAAGAGAAGAUGAAGAGGAGAUACACUCUGCCAAGGUUGAGCUGGAACAAGACAGAUAUCACCUGGAGCGUGCAGGAGUUUCCCUCUCCCUCUAUGUCUCCCACUCUACAUCCAGGGCUGGUGAGGCUCAUUUUGACCUCUGCCCUCCGAGUAUGGAGUGAUGUCACACCUCUGCGUUUCCACCCUUCUCCAUACGACCCAUCACCACAGAUAGACAUCAAAGUCACCUUUGCCAGCGGCUACCAUGAAGAUGGAUAUCCUUUUGAUGGCAAAGGGGGCACUUUGGCACAUGCAUUCUUCCCAGGAAAGGGAGAUCUUGCUGGUUACACACACUUUGAUGAUGGAGAGAGCUGGAGCUAUGGAGAUUGGAGCAGCUCCACAGAUUUAUUCACAGUUGCAGUUCAUGAGUUUGGUCAUGCUUUAGGCCUAUUUCACUCAUCCUCCGACGACUCCAUCAUGAAGCCUUAUUACCAUGGUCCUGUAGGAGACAUGCACAGCUUCUCCUUAUCCCGUGAUGACAGACUGAGAAUACAGGCGCUUUAUGGAAAGAGACAAGCUUUUAAACCUUCUCUGUCUGUUGCUGCACCCACAACUCAUCUGCCCCACUUCUCGACACCAGCUCCUCCACAUCCUCCCUAUCACCCAGCAGCCUCUGCUGAUCGCUGUCAGGGAGGUUAUGAUGCAGUCGCUAAUAUCAGAGGAGAGGUUUUCUUCUUUAGAGGUCCACACUUUUGGAGGGUACAUCAUUCAGGCUCAUUAAUGUCCUUGACUGCAGCUCUGAUCCACAGCUUCUGGGUCGGUUUGCCUCCAGAAACAGCCAGAGUUGAUGCAGUAUAUGAGAGAAGAGAUGGACAUAUUGUAUUCUUCAUUGGUAAUCAGUACUGGGUAUUUAGAGACACAGUGUCCCUCCCUGGGUACCCGCGACCACUUUCAGAAUUGGGAUUAUGCACUUCUGCAGGAGGACUUCCAGAGAGGGUGGAGGCAGUAUUUGUGUGGCCACACAAUGGGAAGACGUACCUGUUCAGUGACGGAGAGUACUGGAGGUUUGAUGAAGUGGGAUCAGAGAGGAAGCUGGAGGAAGGGUAUCCUAAACCAGCAUCCAUCUGGGGGAUGCCCUCUCACCCUGAUGAUAUUAUUGGAUUUCUAGAUGGAGACACUUACUUCUUUAAAGACUCAAACUACUGGAUUUUGAAAAGAGGAGGCCUGGACCAGCAAUCUGCUUCCCCAAAGUCUAUUGCUACUGACUGGAUGAAAUGUGACGGUCAUAUUUCAACUCACAUUACUGAGAUUCCCAGAGGAGACAAAGAUUGUACUUGUGUCCAGAGCACAGCAACUAUGAUAUGUGCUUUGACAUCUGUGAUAUAUUCAGUUGUCAUAGUUUGGAUUCUGGUUCUUAUAUUUUAUUGAUAAUUCAUAUUAAUUGUGUAGCAUUUACUGUGUUGUUUUUUUUAAUGUUGUGAUACUGCCUGUGAAGUUAGUGAAAAUGUACUUGAUUUUUACUUAGGAACAAAUUUCCGCCAUCGUCUGGAUAGGAAAUUGUCCACUGGUUGCACACUUUAGAAUCUCAGCAGAUGUGUAAUAUCGAGACUUGUCUGUUUUUUGAAUACUGUGUAUUCUGGCAUCUUAAAAUUUGUGACAUCCUCCAUUUUACAAACUAUAUAGCAUACAUUGUAGUACACACUAUAAAUAAGCAGUGUUUAUAAGUACACUAGUAGAUGGUCUGAAAGCUAACACACAGUGGACUGAAAGCUAAAAAAAAACAAUACUUUAAUCAAUAUUUGAUUUGCUUCUGAAACAAACCAUCAUUUCAAAUAAAGAUUUAAUGUAAUUAUUCUUUCUGUAUUAGAUUUUAUUAAUAAUGUUAAAUAAAACACA